GCAGCUCCGCCCGGGACGGGAGGGCGGCCAGGUUCUAGUGCCCGCUGGCUAUCUGGCGCUGGGCUCGGGCUACUGGGUGGCGGAGGUGAGGCCCACGGGAGCCGAGCCAGCUCCGCCCAGCCGCCGGGCGCCCAUGGCCGGACGCUCCCUGCGAAAGGCUUUAGCCACCGUAUCUCUCUCAGUGGCCCUUGCGUCUGUGACUGUCAGGUCCUCUGGCUGCCGCAGCAUCCCGGCGUCCAGAAACUCAUUUUCAUUCUGUGAGCUCCACCUUAGUGCCAGCAUCAUGUCUGGUUCUAAUGGUGCCAAAGAGAAUUCCCAUAACAAGGCUCGGACGUCCCCUUACCCAGGUUCAAAAGUUGAAAGAAGUCAAGUUCCUAAUGAGAAAGUGGGCUGGCUGGUUGAGUGGCAAGACUAUAACCCGGUGGAGUAUACUGCUCUCUCUGUCCUGGCUGGACCCAGGUGGGCGGAUCCCCAAAUCAGUGAAAGCAACUUUUCUCCCAAAUUUAAUGAAAAAGAUGGGCACGUUGAGAGAAAAAGCCAGAAUGGCCUGUAUGAAAUUGAAAAUGGAAGACCUAGAAAUCCUGCAGGGCGGACAGGACUGGUUGGCCGAGGGCUUCUUGGGAGAUGGGGCCCAAAUCAUGCUGCAGAUCCUAUUAUUACCAGGUGGAAAAAGGAUAACAGUGGAAAUAAAGUCACACAUCCUGUUUCUGGGAAAUGCAUCUUACAGUUUGUUGCAAUAAAAAGGAAAGACUGUGGCGAGUGGGCAAUCCCGGGGGGGAUGGUAGACCCAGGAGAGAAGAUAAGUGCCACACUGAAAAGAGAGUUUGGUGAGGAAGCUCUCAACUCCUUACAGAAGUCCACGGCUGAAAAGAGAGAGAUAGAGGAGAAGCUGCACAGACUCUUCAGCCAAGAACAUCUAGUGAUAUAUAAGGGGUAUGUUGAUGAUCCUCGAAACACUGAUAAUGCAUGGAUGGAGACAGAAGCUGUGAAUUACCAUGAUGAAACAGCUUCUUGCUGCAUAGUCCUGGCUGUCCUGGAACUCACUAUGUGAUUUGGCUGGUCACUAACUCAUGGGCUGUCCUCCUUCCUUUACCUUGAAAAUGCUGGGAUUAUAGUCAAGAGCUGCUAUGCUAGGUUCAAUCACCUUUUUUAACGACUAGGGGAGUCCAUUGUAUCUCUUCUUUAAUCUGUGUCAUGUAGGUGAAAAAUUUGAUUUUGUCCAUUUUUAAAGAAUGUGAUGUUAGAUGCUUAUGUAUAUAUACAGAAAACAUGUAAAUCUUGUUGCCUUGAAUACUUUACUCUCUAAUGACUUUGAAUAAUUUUUUUGCGACAAGGUCUAAUUAUGUAUGUAGCCCAGGUUUGCUCUGAACUGAUGGAAGUCCUCUUCUUGCGGUGUCCUGAGUACUGACUGAGAUUACAGAUGGAAGCCACCCCACCUCGUUUAAUUUUAUUUUAGUAUUGGGAUUGUACCUAGAGCCUUAAGUAUUCUAGGCAAGUACUUUACCACUGAACUGUAUCCCCAGCUCAAUAAAGUAUUUUUUGUUUUUUUGAGAUAGGGUCUUUUUACUAUGUAGCUCUGGCUGGCCUGGAACUCACUAUAUAGACCAGGAUGGCCUUAAACUCACAGAGAUCCAUCUAUUUACCUCCUCAUUAAAGUCAAUAGAUUCUUCACAGUGGAACUGGUAUCCUCUUGUAUCUCUAGUGCCUAGUACAGAGGACACAGUACAUAAGGUGCUCUGAUGGUUAUUGAUUAAACGCCCAUCAAGGAGAAUUAUUUAUUUAAAAAAAAUUUUUUUUUUUUUUGGUCUUUUUGAGGCAGAGUCUCCCUGUA